AUAUUGAUAACUUGGUUAAUUUUUUUUGAUUCGAGAAAGCCAUUGAACAAGAUAGUAACCUUUCAUAAAAUGAGCAGAUUUAAUAGAGAAAGGAGAGCUCCACCUGCAGACUUAUCCAAAAUGGUUUCUUUAAAAAUUGGUAACCUUUCUUUUAAAACCGAAGAAGAAGAUUUAAAACGAAUAUUUAACAAAUAUGGUGAUAUAGGAGACGUGUACAUUCCCAAAGAUCACACAAGUAAACGUAGCCGGGGGUUUGCAUUUAUCAGGUAUUAUUCUCAAAGAGACGCUGAUAAAGCCAUUAAGGACAUGGAUCAACGUAAACUUGAUGGUCGUACUAUUAAAGUAGGUCUAGCUAAAUAUGGGCCACCAGCAGCAAAUGAAGACAGGAAUAGGCGCAAUGGUAGGGGUGACAGGGAUAGGAGUCGCAGUCGUAGUUUUAAUAAUAGGAGAGGAGGUGGGGAUAAUUUUAAAAGAGAUAGAGAUAAUGGUAGGAGAAAUCACAGCCGUUCCCCUUCAUAUGGAAGGAGCAGAGGUAAUAGAAGGAGUCCUAGUAGAGAUAGAAGAGAGGAAAACAGUGCUUUUGGAUUUUUCCCACUAAGAGGCAGAUCACCAGAUAGAAGGAGAUCCCCACUUCCAACAUUAUCUGCCUUAGAGAAUUUGACUCAUAAUAAUGGAUUUAUGACACAUCCAAGGUCACCACCUUAUAAUAAUCGCAGGGAUGAUUUAGGAGGCCAUUAUGGAGAUAAUGGAUAUAACAAUUACAGAGAUAGAAAUAUUGGUGGAAGAGGUGAUACAUUCUACAAUGAUGAUAGAAGGGGAAGAGAUGACUUACAAGGUCAGGAUGAUAACUAUUUUCAAAGGAGAGCAUGGUGAAAAAACUAGUUUAUGUUGACAUGCUAAAAUUAUAAUAUACUAUAAUAUGAAUAUGUAAAUUAAAUUGAUAUUUUUGAUCUUUUGUCUAAUUUUAUAAGUAGAUAUAAUUGUUAAUACAUUGGGAAAUAUGUUUCUAAUUUGUAUAUUAUAUUUAAAUUUUA